AUGCCUUCUACCCCUAUAUUGACACCGGUAAAUUCUACGAAUGGAAGUACCAACUCAACGAACCCAUUGCAAGAGCCCAUGGAGAUUCAAUUUGAAAUCAUGUUUGUUAUGGUGUUAUACGCUUGUCUAGCAGUCACAGGAGUCGGAGGUAACUGUUGGGUUUUAAUCAAAGUGGUCAAACAGCUAUCUGGAUGUUCCACGAACCGAAGUAGACCCUACAAAACGGUAGUCCAAUCAUCAGCCUACGUUUAUCUCAUUCUUCUAUCAGUGGUGGACUUGUUGUCCCUUAUCCCAGUUCCUAUGAUAGUCACUGAUGUCUACGUGAAUCACUUUCCUUUCGGAUUAUGGGCCUGUAAACUGAGCUACUUCUGUGAGGCAAUCAACAAGUCCUUGAGUCCCAUGGUACUGACUGCACUUUCUGUGGAUCGGUACAUUGCUGUCUGCCACCCAACUCUCUAUUGGCUUCGAACCACUAAAUUCUCCUUAUGCGUACUUGCUGUCUGCUCUUCGAUCUCUCUGAUUUUCAUCAUCCCCGUGACCCAAAAAGCGACCAUGCAAGUGAUGAAAGACAAUAUGGAUGAGGAGAUUAUGAAGUGUGCGUUUGAUGGAGGAUCUGCAAGUGUUCUUUUCGACUUGGCUCAAGCUAUCGUGUGCUAUAUGGUUCCUCUCAUGCUCAUUUGUGGUGUCUACCUAGCUAUUCUUCAUAAACUCUACCGUCAUACCCGUUUUUCAACUGUUGGAAAGAAAACAAGCAUUUCUUUGGGUAGAGUCGUCAAGUGCAGUGUGAUGGUGGUUGCUUUCUACUUCAUUUGCUGGACCCCUUAUUGGACAAUGCGGUUUCACUAUCUCGUUGUGAGGUUAUUGGAAAAAUACAGAGAUGGUGGUCCCGUGAUGAUGGAUGUUGUAGAGACGGUAACUGAGGCAUUGCCAGAAGGAGUAGAGAAAACCUAUUUCUUCGGGUUAUUCUCGGAGAAACGCAUGCACAACAUCGAAAUCGCCAUGAUCUACAUUCUACACUCUCUCACCUACGCCCAAUCCGCGUUCAACUGGCUCUUCUAUUCCUUUCUCAACCGGAACUUACGCUCGAACACAGGCCGAGCAAAUGGAACACGAUCAGCCAUUAACACAUCCGUGUUUGACAACGGAAACGCAACCAGCACAGUCAACACGUCUCUAACGCCGAUCUGGAAGAAUAUCCAACAAAUGGGAAGUCAUAUCAAGACUGCUGGACUUGACACGCGUUCCGCGCUUAUGAAAAAAUCGCCGUUCAAGGGGAAAUCCAAAAUUCAGUCGAGAAGCGCCGCCUACCUUGAUUGUUCAUCUGCUCACAUGCUGCGACCAUCAUCUGAAAACACAUUGAGCUCUUCACUUCUUGAUAUUCCAAGAAGGCCGUCAUUGGUACCUAGACAAGAACCCUCUCUUGUCGGGAAAGCUCUCUCUUUUACGAACAUUCCCCAACCCCAAUAUCAACGGAUAGAACAGAAAGAAGAAUCUUCUCACGGAGGAGUAUCCGAGAGUUCUUCUGUCGAAUGGCUGUAG